AGCGAUUUGUCGUCAAACAGAAUCAAGAACAUUACGCGUGGCGUAUUUUUCAACAACAAACGUCUUCGCAUUAUGUAAGUUUAUUUUACUUUUGUCAUUUAAAAACGAAGCAGUCAUUUAUCUUACCCGGGGUAACUAUUCCAAACAUUUCGGUAAUCGAACUAUCGAACGAUCGUUGCUAUUGAGUUUAAUAAUCGAUCAUGAUAAUAGAAGAGUGUCCGACUUCGCCCGCUUACCGAAGGAAAUCAAACCCAAUCGAAAUCUGUACGAUCACUCAAUGUAUACUUGUUUUUUGGAAAUUCUUUUUGAACAUUCAAGGGCAACAAAAUAUUUAAACUGAAAUUACCAGACGAAAAUUCUGUGUACUUUCUUCACAAUAAGGCUAUGAAACAGCCCGACUAAAAUACAGUGGGCUGAAACAAAGCUGAUUCAAUAGUACGAUGUUGCUUUUCUCUACUCAAACAAUGUGACCUUUGAACAAAAAGUGUGCUGCGACUCUAACCAACUAAACGAAAGCAUCGAGAGUGAAGCGAGCUUCAACGAGGUCGCGCAGCAAGCGAGCGAGCGACGAAGUCUCGAAGUCGACAAGAACAUUUACACUUUUGAAAAAUGUAGAUCUAUGAACACUCACAAAGGUAUCAUCGAUACCCAAGUUCGCUUGGUAAGAGAGGGGGAUGAAACCGUAACUAAGCGAGGACCGUCCAGCAAAGGAUGAGAAACGAAAGAGUCAAGCGCAACUGACGCCUGUGCAAAGACUGCAAAGCGAAAAGUCUCGCAUUUUCCAGAGGCGAUAAACGAUCGUUCUAAUCCUGCCAAAAACAAUAUAAAUGAGCUGGGCCCAACGUGACAAAACAUUCCAGGAAACCAUCCCAUUCUGCAAGGACAACGAAAAGUCGCUUGCAGUUAUUCAGAUCCAGGAGGAAGUUUGGGGAAAAUUAAACAACCUAAAUCCUUAUCUAGCUGCAAUGAAGAGCUUUAUGUUUCAAAACAGAUCAUAGAAAAUGCUACUCAAAUCAGAAGGCAAAUCAUGCCGAAUAGAAACAAUAACCACAGGAAAUAAAUUUGUGUAUCGCAGCCUCUCAGUUUGAAAUAAGCGGCAAAAAUCACAUUUGCUUUGUCCAACCUUAAAACCCUCAUUAGAACAAGCAGCAUUUUUGCACGAGAUAGAAGUUCUGUGUUGCCUACCAAGUCCCCUUUUUACACUCACUAAUUUAAGCAUGUGUAUAUUAAACGCGAGGCCAUUGACAUCGUCUCUCUGUCAGAAGUCUUUAAUAGAUGUCAUGACAAGAAGCAAGAGAGAAUAAUCUCUCUUAAAUAAAAUAAUUGUUAGGUCUGACUUUACAACAACCUAAAACGAGACAAAAACUGUAAUAAAUACUCAGGCUCACCUUCAACCUAAAAGCGGGUACAGAUUGAGCAUUUUCAAUUUCCACUUUCUUUGAAUCUCGAUAAGAACCGCUGGUUGUAAGACCCCUGGUUGUAAGAACCUCUGAUUGUAAAAGCCCUGGUUGUAAGAACCCCUGGUUGUAAGACCGCUGGUUGUAAGAACCCCUGGUUGUAAGAUCACUGGUUGUAAUAACCCCUGGUUGUAAGACUCCUGGUUGUAAAAACCCCUGGUUGUAAGACCCCUAGUUGUAAGUCCCUUGGUUGUAAGAACCGCUUCUAGGAAGACCCCUGUUUGUAAGAACCCCUUUUUGUAAGACCCCUGGUUGUAAGAAACCCUGGUUGUAAGACCCCUGGUUGUAAGAACCACUGGUUUUAAGACCCCUGGUUCUAGGGACCCCUGGUCGUAAGAGCCCUGGUUGAAAGAACGGCUAGCUGUAAGACCCCUGGUUCUAAGAAGCCCUGGUUGUAAGAACCCCAGGUUGUAAGACCCCGGGUUGUAAGAACCCCUUGUUGCAAGACCCCAGGUUCUAAGAACCGCUUCUUGUAAGACCACUGGUUGUAAGAACCCCUGCUUGUAAGACACCUGGUUGUAAGGCCUCUGGUUGUAAGAACCCUUGGUUGUAAGACCAAUGGAUGUAAGAACCACUGGUUGUAAGACCCCUGGUUGUAAGAACCGCUUGUUGUAAGACCCUUGGUUGUAACACCACGGGUUGUAACCCCCCUGGCUGUAAAAAACCCUGGCUGUAAGAACCGCUGGUUGUAAGACCCCUGGUUGUAAAACCCGCUUCUUGAAAGACCCCUGGCUGUAAGAAUCCCGGGCUGUAAGACGCCUGGUUGUAAGAACCCCUGGUUAAAAGAACCUUUUGUUGUAAGACCCCUGGUUGUAUGAACCCCUGGUUAUAAGACUCCUGGUUGUAAGAACUCCUGGUUUUAAGACCCCUUGUUGCAAGACAUCAGGUUCUAAGAACCGCUUCUUGUAAGACCACUGGUUGUAAGAACCCCUGGUUCUAAGACACCUGGUUGUAAGGCCUCUGGUUGUAAGACCCCUGCUUGUAAGAACCUCUAGUUUUAAAAGUCCAGGUUGUAAGAACCCCUGGUUGUACAAACAGCUGGUUGAAAGACCCCUGGUUGAAAGAACCCCUUGUUGUAAGAACCAAGGUUGAAAGACCCCUAGUUGUAAGAACACCUCGUUGUAAGACCCCUGGUUGUAAAAACCCCAGGUUGUAAUAGCCCUUGGUUGUAAGACCCCUGGUUGUAAGAACCUCUGAUUGUAAAAGCCCUGGUUGUAAGAACCACUGGUUGUAAGACCGCUGGUUGUAAGAACCCCUAGUUGUAAGACUCCUGGUUGUAAAAACCCCUGGUUGUAAGACCCUUAGCUGUAGGUCCCCUGGUUGUAAGAACCGCUUCUAGGAAGACCCCUGUUUGUAAGAACCCCUUUUUGUAAGACCCCUGGUUGUAAGAAACCCUGGUUGUAAGACCCCUGGUUGUAAGAACCACUGGUUUUAAGACCCCUGGUUCUAAGGACCCCUGGUCGUAAGAGCCCUGGUUGAAAGAACGGCUAGUUGUAAGACCCCUGGUUCUAAGAAGCCCUGGUUGUAAGAACCCCAGGUUGUAAGACCCCCGGUUGUAAGAAAGCCUUGAUGCAAGGCCCCAGGUUCUAAGAACCGCUUCUUGUAAGACCACUGGUUGUAAGAACCCCUGCUUGUAAGACACCUGGUUGUAAGGCCUCUGGUUGUAAGACCCCUGGAUGUAAGAACCACUGGUUGUAAAACCCCUGGUUGUAAGAACCGCUUGUUGUAAGACCCCUGGUUGUAACACCACGGGUUGUAACCCCCCUGGCUGUAAAAAACCCUGGUUGUAAGAACCACUGGUUGUAAGACACCUGGUUGUAAGAACCCCUGGUUGAAAGAACCUUUUGUUGUAAGACCCCUGGUUGUAUGAACCACUGGUUAUAACACUCCUGGUUGUAAGAACUCCUGGUUUUAAGAUCCCUUGUUGCAAGACACCAGGUUCUAAGAACCGCUUCUUGUAAGACCCCUGGUUGUAAGACCCCUGGUUGUAGACCCCUUGUUGUAAGAACCCCUUGUUGUAAGACCCCUGGUUGUGAGAACUCCUGGUUUUAACACCCCUGGUUGUAAAAACCACUGCUUGUAAGACCCCUGGUUGUACGACCCCUGGUUGUACGACCCCUGGUUGUAAGAACUCUUGGUUGUAAGACCCCUUUUUGUAAGACCCCUGGUUGUAAGAACCCCUGGUUGUAAGACCCCUGCUUGUAAGAACCUCUAGUUUUAAAAGUCCAGGUUGUAAGAACCCCUGGUUUUAAGACCCCUGGUUGUACGAACAGCUGGUUGAAAGACCCCUGGUUGUAAGAAACCCUUGUUGUAAGACCCCAGGUUGAAAGACCACUGGUUGUAAGAACACCUCGUUGUAAGACCCCUGGUUGUAAAAACCCCAGGUUGUAAUAGCCCUUGGUUGUAAGACCCCUGGUUGUAAGAACCGCUUGUUGUAAGACCCCUGGUUGUAACACCACGGGUUGUAACACCCCUUGUUUGUAAAAAACCCUGGUUGUAAGCACCGCUGGUUGUAAGACCCCUGGUUAUGAGAACCUCUUGUUGUAAAAGCCCUGGUUGUAAGACCCCUGGUUCUAAGAUCUUCUGGUUGUAAGACCCCUGGUUGUAAAAACCCCUAAUUAUAAGACCCCUGGAUUUACGAACCCCUGGUUGAAAGACACCUGGUUGUAAGAACCCAUUGUUAUAAGACCCCUGGUUGUCAGAACCUCUUGUUGUAAGACCUCUGGUUGUAAGACCCCUGGUUAUAAGACCACUGGUUGUAAGAAUCGCUUCUUGGAAGACCCCUGGUUGUAAGACGCCUGGUUGUAAGAACCCCUGGUUGUCAGAACCUUUUGUUGUAAGAGCCCUGGUUGUAAGAAACCCUGGUUCUAAGACUCCUGGUUCUAAGAACCGCUUCUUGGAAGACCCCUGGUUUGUAAGAACCCCCGGGUUGUAAGACGCCUGGUUGUAAGAACCCCUACCUGUAAGACCCCUGGUUGUAAGAACCCCUUGUUGUAAGACCCCUUGUAGUAAAAACCCCUGGUUGUAAGACCCCUUUUGUAAGAACCCCUGGUUGUAAGAACCUCUGAUUGUAAAAGCCCUGGUUGUAAGAACCACUGGUUGUAAGACCGCUGGUUGUAAGAACCCCUAGUUGUAAGACCACUGGUUGUAAAAACCCCUGCUUGUAAGACUCCUGGUUGUAAAAACCCCUGGUUGUAAGACCCCUAGUUGUAGGUCCCCUAGUUGUAAGAACCGCUUCUAGGAAGACCCCUGUUUGUAAGAACCCCUUUUUGUAAGACCCCUGGUUGUAAGAAACCCUGGUUGUAAGACCCCUGGUUGUAAGAACCACUUGUUUUAAGACCCCUGGUUCUAAGGACUCCUGGUCGUAAGAGCCCUGGUUGAAAGAACGGCUAGUUGUAAGACCCCUGGUUCUAAGAAGCCCUGGUUGUAAGAACCCCAGGUUGUAAGACCCCCGGUUGUAAGAAAGCCUUGAUGCAAGGCCCCAGGUUCUAAGAACCGCUUCUUGUAAGACCACUGGUUGUAAGAACCCCUGCUUGUAAGACACCUGGUUGUAAGGCCUCUGGUUGUAAGACCCCUGGAUGUAAGAACCACUGGUUGUAAAACCCCUGGUUGUAAGAACCGCUUGUUGUAAGACCCCUGGUUGUAACACCACGGGUUGUAACCCCCCUGGCUGUAAAAAACCCUGGUUGUAAGAACCACUGGUUGUAAGACACCUGGUUGUAAGAACCCCUGGUUGAAAGAACCUUUUGUUGUAAGACCCCUGGUUGUAUGAACCAGUGGUUAUAAGACUCCUGGUUGUAAGAACUCCUGGUUUUAAGAUCCCUUGUUGCAAGACACCAGGUUCUAAGAACCGCUUCUUGUAAGACCCCUGGUUGUAAGAACCCCUGGUUGUAAGACCCCUGGUUGUAGACCCCUUGUUGUAAGAACCCCUUGUUUUAAGACCCCUGGUUGUGAGAACUCCUGGUUUUAACACCCCUGGUUGUAAAAACCACUGCUUGUAAGACCCCUGGUUGUACGACCCCUGGUUGUAAGAACUCUUGGUUGUAAGACCCCUUUUUGUAAGACCCCUGGUUGUAAGAACCCCUGGUUGUAAGACCCCUGCUUGUAAGAACCUCUAGUUUUAAAAGUCCAGGUUGUAAGAACCCCUGGUUUUAAGACCCCUGGUUGUACGAACAGCUGGUUGAAAGACCCCUGGUUGUAAGAAACCCUUGUUGUAAGACCCCAGGUUGAAAGACCACUGGUUGUAAGAACACCUCGUUGUAAGACUCCUGGUUGUAAAAACCCCAGGUUGUAAUAGCCCUUGGUUGUAAGACCCCUGGUUGUAAGAACCGCUUGUUGUAAGACCCCUGGUUGUAACACCACGGGUUGUAACACCCCUGGUUGUAAAAAACCCUGGUUGUAAGCACCGCUGGUUGUAAGACCCCUGGUUAUGAGAACCUCUUGUUGUAAAAGCCCUGGUUGUAAGACCCCUGGUUCUAAGAUCUUCUGGUUGUAAGACCCCUGGUUGUAAAAACCCCUAAUUAUAAGACCCCUGGAUUUACGAACCCCUGGUUGAAAGACACCUGGUUGUAAGAACCCAUUGUUAUAAGACCCCUGGUUGUCAGAACCUCUUGUUGUAAGACCUCUGGUUGUAAGACCCCUGGUUAUAAGACCACUGGUUGUAAGAAUCGCUUCUUGGAAGACCCCUGGUUGUAAGACGCCUGGUUGUAAGAACCCCUGGUUGUCAGAACCUUUUGUUGUAAGAGCCCUGGUUGUAAGAAACCCUGGUUCUAAGACUCCUGGUUCUAAGAACCGCUUCUUGGAAGACCCCUGGUUUGUAAGAACCCCCGGGUUGUAAGACGCCUGGUUGUAAGAACCCCUACCUGUAAGACCCCUGGUUGUAAGAACCCCUUGUUGUAAGACCCCUUGUAGUAAAAACCCCUGGUUGUAAGACCCCUUUUGUAAGAACCCCUGGUUGUAAGAUUCCUGGUUGUAAGAACCUCUUCUUGUGAGACCCCUGGUUGUUAGAACCGCUGGUUGUAAGACCCCUGGUUGUGAGAAACCCUGGUUGUAAGAUCUCUGGUUGUAAGAACCUCUGGUUGUAAGACCCCUGGUUGUAAGACUCCUGGUUGUAAUAACCGCUGUUACAACCAGUGGUUCUUUUAAAUGGCGAUAGUUUCCUCAACCCGAAAAUCAAAUACCAAACCUAUGUAUAAGUUCAGAUUUCACGAGUAAUCAUCGUUUUAUUGCUACAGAACUGUAUGUAUGUAUGUAUUUAUUUAUGUAUGUAUGUAUGUAAUGAUCAAUAGUAGUAAGAUUUCAAUUCAUCGUUUUAUUGCGACAACGCUGUUUCGUGUGGUCGAAGAAUGGCCACUCUCAGGCAAUAUUCACGAAUGACCGUUAAAUUACAAGAACUGGCAAUAAAAGCUAACUUGGGGUUGCUAUGGUAUUUACAAAAAGCUGUUAUAGUAAAAGCGACGUUAUGGUUGCUAUGAGAUAUAAAAACAGUAAAAAAUAGAUGCUACGUGACAUUUAGAUUGUGCUACUUGACAACAAAGUUCUUGAGUAGGUAUCUGGUUCUGUGUCACAUUUUGGUCACGAGACCAGCUACGAACUUACUCAUUUUAAGAAACUGGUGCGGGUUUCAAUAACCAAGUCACUAUUAUUUUGUUUAAGGCAUGACCCACUAAUCGUAACAUCACACAACUUUCAUUUCCACGAAAACAAUGUCACAUGACCUCUUAGUGCAAAUAGCCGAUAGCAAGCCUAGUGCUCUAAGACUCCUCUAACCACUCGCCCACUCUGUGGCUUCGACAGCGCGCCCUCGUAGGUAAACUAUUAAAUGCCAUCAUUUUUUUGCAUUCUUUUUUGCUGAAUAAUAGACUGCUCAAUGAGAAUCACCUUCAGUCAAUCAGUGAUGAGGUUUUUCAAGCCCAGAGACAGCUUGAUAUAUUGUAAGUAUAGUCCGCUUUACUGAAAAGAUGUGGUGAACGACCCAAGAAUAAAAAGUAGUUACGUCGUAUUGUUACAACUUCUAGAAAGAGGGAAAAGCCAUUAUGAAUAAAAUGAAUAAAAGCGGCCAUUUUACCAUUACUAGUGGCUACUUACAAGAACCAUUCUCAUUUUUGCAAAAUGUAAUUCCACCAAGGUUAUGGGUCGCGGACCAACAAUCAGGGACAAAAGUAGUUGACACACUUGUUUAAAACAAGUGCUUUUAACAAAAAUUUAAUUCAUUUUUUGUUUCAUUCCUUUUAAACGCCGUAAAUUCCCUCCCCCGAGUCAAUCUUGUCUGAAGAAAAAAAAAAGACUUGAGGGUCCAAAAUUGGACAUUGAUUUUUGGGGGAAGGGGUUGGGGUAGACAGGGGAAGGGGAUAAAUAUAUCGACUAUGCAAAAGGGGGCCAUUUUACGGAAGUGUGUCAACACUUCUGUCCCUCAUUGAAGCACCAAUACGGGAAAUUUGGUUAUAUUUUUUCAAGAGUCGGUAAAACAAAAAAUUCGAAGUUUACAACAAUGUGCUACCAACGGCAGAAAAAGGUUUAUCUGAAAACGUGUUCUGCAAAAAGGCACGUCUUCCCGUUGCGUUUUAUUUAUUCACAAGCUAAGUAAACAUGACCACGGUGCCGCCAAAGUCCAAACUUCAAGCUAGAACGACAAAUUAACCUACCUGUCAAAAAACCUUAAUUUCGCUCCUUCAAAGAAACAUUGGACCUUUUAUUUUUCACCGCAUUUUUUUUCUCGACGAAAUAUUUAAUCAUGCUGCAGCUCGGAAAAGUCGCGGACCAAGGACCACAUAUUAACUGUGCAAGUGACUCUCUAACAUUUCCUGCACCGAUCAAUCUUUAACCAAGCUUCUGGGCUCCCGUAAACAACAGAGAAAGCCCCUCUCUCGACAACCCUCAUAUUCUCGUCGCUAAUAUCACUGAGCGUUACAGCAGGAAUACCAAUAUUUGCCAGCUUUGUAGCUUAACCUUUCAUAAGAUUUACCAGGGGCGAAACAACAACAACAACAAUAUGUCCAGUACUUCCACGCACUGUGUCGCAAACAAGCAGCAAAGCUUGAUAGAUAAGGGAUUUGCCAAAUCCCGUCGCCAAAUUCAUGAACCCAUCGGUCUUCUCUAUAAAAUUUGCUGGAUAGCUUCUCUCUGAUACUUGUUUAACUCUGUAUUUAUUACAAAUUUCUCUCACACCCGAUCAAAAAGCCUCACUGAUCGUGCGAAUCUGAACAAGCGGCUCAGGUUACGUUUUACAAAAAUCUUUAAACGGCCUGUGAUGGGUGAACGUAAAUGUCGGGUGUGUUUAGCAGACGUCCGUUGUAGAGAAAUGAAUGCGUGACGAACAAACCCCAAAGGACGUCUGCAGGGAGGCUAAUAAGGGAGCAGAUUCCAGACUCUAAUACCCUUGGGAAAAAUGAACAAUUGAAAACUGAGACAUUUGCCUGUAAUUGGCAAUAGGUAAGUUGGUGAGAUCUAGUAGACCUGAUUUUUUCCGUAGAUUUAACUGGACUAGGAGUUUGACAGUUUACUAAAUUAUAAUGAAAUUUAUAAGAAAAGCACUGAUUGGUUGAAAUAACGCCUGUGUUCGAGAGUAUCCCAGCCUAAGGACUUAACAUGGCAGAAGUACUUGUUGCAAUGUUAUAGUCGUGGCAUACAAAGAGAGCCGCAUUCUUCUGAAUUUGUUUAAGGCGUUUUAUGUCAGUGUCAGUGUAAUGAUUUCACGAAGAGGAGGAAUAUUCAAACGUAGGUCUAACCAGUGUCAUAUAAGCUCUCUUUUUAACCUCUACGCUGCAGUGUCUCAGUGAUCCUCUAAUAAGACCAAGGGACUUAUUUGCCUUUGGAGCUAUUUUAGAGCAGUGAGCACCCCAGCGAAGGGUUUCGGUACACGUAACUCCCAGAUAGUCCCAUUCAGGGACUCUUGUUAAUGCAUCAGAAUUUGCAGUAUAUGUGAAGUUGGAGGGUUCCCGUUUCUUUGUAAUACAAAGUAGAUGGCACUUAGUUACGUUAAAGUCAACCUUUCAAUCAGAAGCCCAUUUAGUUAGGUUAAUUAGAUCUUCCUGGAGCACUUGAUGGUCAUGUAGGGAAUUGAUGGUCCUGUAAAACACAGUGUCAUCAGCGAAAAGACGUAAUUGUGAAUUUGUUACUUGGGUGAUCUCUUUAUGAACAACAGGAAGAGAGUCGGAUCCAAAACGGAACCCUGUGGAACACUAGAGGUAACAGGAGUAGUGGUUGAAUGAGUGCCGUCUACGACCACAAAUUAGGUACGAUUAUGAAGAAAAGUGGCAAUCCAAGCAAGCGUCAUUAAUGCAUUAAUCAUCAAUGCUGCAGUGGGCUAACUUGCGCAGUAAUUUAGUAUGGAGAAAUACAACAGAAGGGCAUCAACUUGGCCAUGCUGAUUUAAGGUGUUGUCCUAGUCAUAAAACGCGAGAACUAGCUGGGUUUCACAGGACAAAUUAGCACAGAAGCAAUGUUGUAGAUGAGACAAUUAAUUUUUGUCAGACAGAUGUUAUUCAGGUUGCUAAGCUCAAUAUGCUCCAUCACCUUACUGCAGAGGAACGUAAGGGAUAUGGGCCGAUCAUAAGCUGGGUUUUCCUUCUUGUGGACAGGAAAUGAACCAUAGCUGUUAACCAGUAGUUUGGUAAGGUGCCUGUAUCAGAGCCUUGCUGGAAAAUGAAUGUCAACAUGCUUGAAAUCUCAGCGGAUAGGUCACGUAGGCAGCGUGGUGAGAUACCAUCUGGGCCAGCUGACUUUGAUGGAUUUAAUGAGGCAAGCUGUCUCAGAACACCAUUGGGGGUAAACACCAUGUCCCGCAUGUUAUUAAUAUAAGCAGGAAUGGAUGGGGAGAAGGCAGGAAGCAAGCCUUUGUCUUUUAUGAACACAUUUUGUCAGAGAUAAAUAUUGAGUCUCCUUGGCGCAACAUAGGUAUGCCAAAGUUCUCAGACCGCAAGCGUUUGAUGUAGCUCUAAAAUUGUUUGGGAUUUUUCUCUAUUCUACCCCCAAUCAAAUUAUUAAGAGAGUCAUUGUGGGCUGUCUUAAGUAAUUUCACCACUCUGUUGCUUUGGCAGCGAUAUUCAAGCCACGCUGGUGAGCGUUUGUCACCCGUGCGCCUUGCUUUUUAUAAGAAGUCUGUCCCGUUUAAGCAUUUGACGCUUUAAUUGAUAUUGUAGUCCAGGGAAGCGAAAUUCUUGAAGUUGACAUUUUUGAGGAGACAUGCUUAUCAACUGCUACAGUGAAUAUGUUCUUGAAGAAUGACCAGUUGUCCUCCAGGUGACUAUGGGCACAGCGAGUGAAAAAUUCUGAAGCACCUUUUGAGACAUCUUGACGAAAUUUGAGACUGAGUCCAGUGUCUCAAGCGAUACAGGGCGGGUGGGAGUAGUAACAUAUUGUGUAGGAGCGUGGUAAGUAUCACCUUCACUCGAAGGCCAGGGUACUAAGCCCGCAACUGUAAAAUGGGAGAGUUGAUGAAAAAUAGAUUGAAGUACCCCUAGCAUGGCGAACCACUAUAUGAUCGGACCAUUAUAUGAGUGAUCCGCCUGCUAAUCUGGAUUCUCACUUGAGCUUUAGCACUGAAAAUGACUACUGCACCUAAUGCCUUCAUUCUCUAACGGGCACAGGAUGGAUAAAGGCUGACGAUCCUUGGUGUUUCUGUGACCUGCCACAGUGUAUAGGCAUUGGUGCACUGUAGGACAAGUGAUGACAAGCUGUGCGAUCUCAUGUCUUUUUACGGCUAACGUUUAUUUCCCUUGUAAUAACGACUACACUUCAAGUAAACUUAAGAUUUUAUUGUCCAUUGUUUAACACAUUUUUGGCUAAGAUGCUUAUUUUUAGGGCGGUGCAAAUUCCUGAUGCUGAUUAAACUAGAAACAACUCGACUUAUAAAAACUCUUUAACACUUGCACAGUAACUAUUUUCAGUGCUUACACGUCUAGGCUGGUACUUCGUUUAACAGGCAAAAUAAAGAAAAGAAAGUCUACUUGGUUUUGUAGGUGAAUUGUAUUUUCACUAGGUUUCAGACGUAGGUGACAAGUGGCUUUUAGUGAAAAUAAAGAACGCGUUCGUCAGUCACAGCCAGCAAUCGAUCCUGGAAACAUCCAUUCCUGAAAGAGCCUUGGAGAAACGAUGAAAACGAUACGUGUCUGCAAAUAUGUUUGAGGGAGCGGGAAAUGGAUAUUCACUUUGUACCGGACUAUUACGUCUUAGCAGAAGAUCUCCUAGUUUAUGUUCAAGAUCUUACGAACUAGUCCAAGAGAGAAUAAUUGUACCUGUCCAGUUAUUUUCUCCCCUAUUAAUCCCCUCAAGUAGCUCACAAAAUUAGGGAAAGUUUCUCGUCCUACAAUGUAUUGGAAGAACUGAUUGGUCAAUUGAUUACUGGCGUUUCGACUAGUAGCUUUUUAUAUACUGACACUUACGCAAUUCAUUCUUUAGAGUGCUUUCAGAUAACCCUAUCAAGACUAUUGGGCAUCGGGCUUUCAGUAUCCCAAAUGGGCAGCUCGUGAUGUAA